AUGGUCGACCCGGUCUCGUACGUCAAGAUGUUCUUCCGCUCCGUCUUCUCGGUGUUCAGUCCGUCGACGACCACGGUGUGGCAGAACAACAUCGCCUACUCCAUCACGCUGCACAAUCCGCGCGUGCUGCUCUACCGCGGGCCCGAGACGUACCUCACCUUCUCCGUGUAUGCACAGGCGUACUCGGCCGACGCGCGCAAGCAGCUCGAGUCCGUCUCGGCAGGUCAGAUCGCCGAGAUCGUCAAGAACACCAACGUGCAGCUCGUGCAGAAGGGCUGGAUCGCCGGUGCGGUCGGAUGGAAUGCGGCGGGCUAUCUCGGCGUUGCCACCAAGAAGGGCUGGGAUGUGACGCCUGCGGGGCGCGCGGGGUGGAAGGACACCCAGGCCGAGUCGGUGUCGCUCUCGCUGCAGCAGCAGGAGGAUGAGGAUUAUGGCGAAAAGCCCCAGCGUGGCGCUUCGAACGAGUACGAAAUGAGCACGCUUAGCAAGACCGACUCGUCCACCUCGCUAGAGUCGCAGCAGACGCGGCAUAUCGCCACCAAGCGCAAGGAGAAGAUCGACAAGCAGAUUCGCACACAGUCCACUUCCGAAGACUCGUCCUCCACCACCCGCGUUCUCGGUACCUACAAAUGUCGCAUUCCCGUAGAGACGGGCGAUGGCUACUUCCGUCUCUGGGUCACCCUUCCCUCUGUCGUUCGCGGCCAAGUGGGUAUUGGCAGUCCGACGUUCCGUCUGUUUUCGUUCUCGCUCACCUCGGCCUCUCCACGAGGAGCGGCGCUACUGCCCGUGCCCGUGAUUGUGCCCGAGCUCGCACUGCGCUCCGUCUCGAUCGCACUCACCACGCUCGUCUACGGCCUCUUCCCCGUCGCCGCGAUCGUCGACAAGCUGCUCCCGCGCUGGAUGUCGCGUCGCUUCAUCAACUGGAUCUACACCCGCGUAGGCGCCAAAAACAAGACCGAUCAGCUCCGUCAGAAGUACAAUGUGGACGAAAAGGUCGAACAGGCUAAACAGCAGGUUAGAAAGGUCCCCUUUGCUAGUGCGGGCAUUCGAACCGACUGGGAUCUUCACAGGGAUGCAAGCCGCGGCAGAGGCGGUUGGGCUUACCACUGGUGA